UCAUAAAUAACAAAGAGCAGCUGUUACCGUCAACAACCACCAAUCGCUAAUCGCUCCGUCGCCGACGACCACCGUCAUCGGCGAAAAAGGGCCAAAAUUUCAACCAAUCACAACUCCGGCCGUACAAUUCGUCUAAUCAUACUUCACUAAACCUAUAUAAAUCUUCUUAUAACUUCAUUACCUGCAAACAGUUGGUGCCGUUGAUGAAUUAGGGUUUAGGAACAAGAUCUACACGAUUAAACAUCAAUUUCAAUUGCGAUUUCGAUUUCGUUAUUGUAAUGGACGAGGUGAUUACAGCGGCUGAUGCAACUUCAAGUCUUCGUUCGUACUCAUCGGAAUCCUCCGUUUUACCGUCGAAUCUUCCGCUUCUUUCUGCUUUUUUGUCGCUGUUCAUCGCUCAAUUUCUCAAAGUGUUUACUCACUGGUAUAAAGAGAAGAAAUGGGAUACCAGAAGGAUGCUUAGCUCAGGGGGCAUGCCAUCAUCACAUUCAGCAACAGUUACAUCUCUCGCUGCAUGCAUAGGUUUACAAGAGGGCAUUAGCUCAUCAUCAUUUGCCAUUGCAGUAGUUUUGGCGUGUGUCGUAAUGUAUGAUGCAACUGGUGUCAGGCUUCAUGCUGGUCGGCAAGCUGAGCUAUUGAAUCAAAUUGUUUGUGAGCUGCCUCCAGAACAUCCACUUUCCAAUGUUAGGCCUCUACGUGACUCACUUGGUCACACUCCAUUCCAGGUUGCAGCAGGUGCGGUCCUGGGAAUAGUGAUGGCCUUUUUCAUGAAAUUGUCGACCUAGUAAUGGUGUGUGUUUGUAUUUGCCUAAAAUCAAAAUAGCUAUUGUUUAGGAGACCUUGACAGAUAAACAAACAUGCUUCUUUAAUGAUUAAUCCAAGCUGGUUUCCUACCAUCGUUUGGUAUUCAUGUAUAGUUUAUUUAUAACAUGUUUUUGACGUAUGCGACUCUGAGAACAAGAACAUAAGUUGUGGGAUAAAUGUGAACAUAAUUUGUGGCUUGAUUA